AUGGAGGAGGGUCAAGACACGGAGGAGGGUCACGACGCUUCGCGCGCGCCCUGUGCAGCCCUAAACCGCAAGAAGGCUGCGCUCGACUUCGCGCUCGAGGGCGAGAUAACAAAUCCGCAUCUUCGCGCCUUCGCCGCGACCCCGCUGCGCCGCGCCCUGCUCGAGGACGUUCGGUUCGACUACUGGCGGCGCUACUCGCGCUGCAAGAAGGAGCUCAUCGAAUCGUGGGCGGCGCUGGAGCAGCUCAGACGCUGCGUCCGGCGCCUCUUCCCCUCGUCCGCCGCCGCCGACGACGCCGACGCGCACCGCACGGGCGCGGGGCUGGUGUUCGUGGAGCUGUGCAGCGGCCGGGGGUGCCUGUCGAUGCUCCUGGCGCACGAGUUCCCGGACGCGACGAUUCACAUGUGCGACGCCGACGCGAGGAUGAAGCUCCCGCACCUUGCGCAUCCGAGCAUGCGAAACGUCACGUUCCACCUCGAGGAUGUCUUUACCGACGAGGCGAAGCGUACCGUCGUCGACGCCGUCGCCAAAGCGGAACGCGACGGGGGUAAGUGCCUGGUCGUCGGCGUUCACCUGUGCGGCGACCUCGCCAGACGCGCCGUGGAGCUGUGGCGCGCAACGGGGGCGCACGCGCUCGUGCUGUGUCCGUGUUGUCUGCCCCGCCGGCGCCGAGCGGAUGCGUUUGGUUUUCACGUGAAGGACCAGGCGAGGAAGAUGCGGAUAGAUUCCUACGCGCUGUGGUGCGUGAUGCUCUACGGGUUGGCAGCGGCGGGGGACGGGGACGGGGACGGGGACGGGGACGGGGACGGGGACGGGGACGGGGAGGGUGCCGUGUGUUGUAACCUGUGCGUGGACGAGGAUGUCACGAGCCCCCAGCGCUCGUUCAUCACCGCGGUGCGGAGGGCGCGAGGCGGGAGGGCGCGAGGCGGAGGGGUCGAGGCGGCGCGGUCGAGGGGGGGAGGAGUGGUUCCCGGAAGGGGAGCGGGGAAGUGGAGGAUAGUCGAUAGAUAG